GUUUUUGUUAGCAGGUUUGUGAUAGAGGUCAGAUUAACAGACUCAAUAGCUUCGAGGAUUUAAAACUUCCUAUUAAAUCUCGCUUAGAUCUAAUUCCGCGAUCUCCGCAAUAUCAUGAAGAUUCAACAAGCAUGUCGAUAACAAGUGGAUUACAAGUCGGUCCAAUAAACCAUUUAAACUCAACAGAGGCAAUAUUGCCUCUGUAUUCUAUGUAUAAGUCGCUAGUGCACAAGAAGUUACAACACUUGCGUAACGAUGAACCUCCAGAAUACCAAAUAUUGAACCAUUUAACCCCCAAUCAAAGCAGGACUUCGAUUGAUACUCUGAAGACCAUAAGAUUCAAUGAUCUAGAUAAGUUGAAGAUGAAUUACAAUCAGAAUAUCAAGAUUGAUAUCCAAUUGACAGAAACCCCGAGUGUCAUUGGAAAAGAACCGCAAAUUUUUAACGAUGAUACUAAAGAAUAUAAAGAAGACGAUUAUAUAUACGGAUAUGCAACAAUUGAAAAUACCUCAUCAGAGAGGAUAGCUUUCAGUGUGUUAUAUAUUCUUCUUGAAGGAGUCUACCAGUACGAUGACAAAUUGACGCAUAAAAUUAUAAGUAUGGUUGAUUUAAAUGCAUCAUUGGUGAAUGAAAACCUUCCUACAACUCAAAAGGAUCCGAUAGAUCAAACAUGCAUCGUAAUGAACGAAGUGUUAGAGCCACAUAUAAAAUAUAAACGGUUUUUCACUUUCAAGGUCCCCCAGUAUAUACUAGAUGCUAAUUGUAGUCAUUUUUUAACGAAUCAUUUAUACUUACCCCCGAGUUUUGGAGGAGCCGGGAAGUUUAGGGAUUUUGGAAUUGAUUAUACUUCAAUAAAGUAUUCUAUCAAUUCAUAUUUGAUAGGGGAAACCAAAGAGGAAUUCAUUAAGAUGGGACAUGGAGACCGUAGGAUAAGAAUUAUCCCAAGAAAUUAUAAUAGUAACGAUCCAUCGAUUGUUAAAAAUUAUCAAUUCUUUCAUAGCAGAUUAAAGCAGGAAUUGAGAUUAUAUGAUAAAAAGAAAUACGAUCAAAUGAUAUCUAAAUUAUUUGAAAUCAAAGAGGGUACCUGCAAUACUGAUUUAGAAAAAACGUUCACCGUUGGAGAAGUUAGAACGAAAGUGAUUAUAUCUAUGCAUGAACCAUUUACGUUGAGAUAUACUCCGCCAAUAUCAAAACAUCCGGACGUUAAUCAACAGAUCAAGAUCCCCAUUAAAUUCGAAAGUGCAUCAAAGGUCAAAUUGAAAUCAAUCGAGUGUGAAUUGGUUCUGGUAACCGUUGAUUCUGCAACUAGUUCGAUUCCAUUCAUGAUUGUUCCAGAUAUGAUCUUCAAUAACAGCCACGAGGAUACAAAUUUCAAAAGUAUCAUCAGUGACCCAUAUCACAAACUUUUCAAAGAAGUUAAGAAAACACUAUCUAAAAACAACGAAUCUUUUAAACUGGGCAGCUACUUAUACGAAAAUAUCAGAAGAAUGUCAAACUUGAAAUGCGUUUACCAUGAAUUACAAAUUGACGAUAUAGACUGCAAAGUAAACUACGAUUCUACUCAAGAUAAUCAAAAUGAAAAUUUGAAAACCAAGCUUAAAAAUAUAAAUAAUAGAAAACCAAAUCAGGAAAGGAAAACAAAAUCCUUAAGCAUCGACGCCGUUGUGAAACUCAAGUCGAUGCACAUCAAGAAAUUAGAUAAAGCAGUCCAGUAUAACCGAUUUGGAGGAUUCACCUUGAUUCCAAAUUUCCAAACCUGCUAUAUGGCAAGAUUAUAUUUUAUCAAACUAAUCUUAAAGUUUUCUCGUGGUAAACAAGUAAUUUAUAUUCCUGUAACCAUCGAAUAAGAUGGUUGCAAAUGAAACGGCACAAAUUUUGGACAAACAAACUUUUCAACAGCGGUAUCUUGCAUAGGCAUGGUGGAAUCUUCCAUGUAUUCCACGUAUUUUAUAAUAUAUAAUUAGCAUUUGUAAUCAAUACUACUAAUCUAAUUGCCAGU